GUUUCUAUCAGCUUGUAGAUUCUCAAUUUUUUGGUUUGUUUUUUUUUCUUCUCUUUUUUUGUUCAACUCUAAUUGUCUUCGCAGUUUAAUUAGUGUAUUUUUUUCGGUGAUUUUUAGAUAAUUAAUUAUCAUGUUUCAUUCUAUUACUCGGGUAACACCCUCACUAACCAGUGCUAUUAGAAUUUCUCGUCAAAAUCAAUCGUUUUGGAGCAGAUUAUUGUCUACACCAUUAACAAGGCGUUUGGUUACUGAUGCUGAUGGUAAAAGAGAAACGGUGAGAACACCAACUUUAGAGGAAAUUAAUCAAGACAAUUUAAAUCAAACAUCGUCUUUCUCAUCAAAUUCAUCAUCAACUGAUUCACCAUCAUCUCCAUCAUCAUUAUCUCCGGAAGAAUUUGUCAAAAUAGAAAAUGAUUUGAGAAAAGAGAUUGAAGGUUUAACAGAAAAGGUUAAAGAGAUCGAUGAUAAAUAUAAACGAGCUCUUGCCGAAGCUGAAAAUACAAGGAUAAGAAUGAGACGACAAGUGGAUGAGGCCAAAAUCUUCGGGAUUCAAGGUUUUUGUAAAGAUCUUCUGGAAGUUGCCGAUGUCCUUCAAGCAGCAAUUAAAAGUGUUCCAAGUGAUAAAUUAAAAGACGAACAUUUAAAAUCACUAUUUAAAGGAGUUGAGAUGACGGAGAAUCAAUUACAAUCAGUUUUCCGUCGACAUGGUUUAAAUCAAAUUAAUCCAAUUGGUGUUAAAUUUGAUCCCAAUGAACAUCAUGCAAUGUUUGAAGCCGAUGAUUUAUCCAAGGAACCAGGAACCGUCGCCAUUGUUACUCAGAUAGGAUAUAAACUUCAUGAUAGGACAAUUAGACCUGCGAUGGUUGGUGUAGUUAAAGCAAGAUCGAGUUAAUUAACGAGUUAAUUGUUGUAAUCAUCAUGCGAGAGAAACCAAAUGAGGAAACAAAAACGAAGAGGAUAAAGUCAAUUUGAAAUUGUUUUACUCUUAAUUAAUUAUAUUCAAUUCCAUGUGAGUCAUUACCAAUGUUCAGCUCAACAAUUAACAAUCAAUGGUGAAAAUUGGUUAAUAAUCUAAACAACUUGAAGGAGAAAACUAAAAGUCAACAAUUAACACUUACAAAAUUAUUAGUUUAAAAAAAAGAUUAUAUAAAAUGCUGGAUAAUUGAAUUUAGAUAUUUAAUUAUCGUUUGAAAUCAAAACAAAAGGUUUACAACGUUUUGUUGAUUGAAUUUAGAGGAUAAACUUGAUAAUUAAUGGUACAUAAAUUUGUUUCAAUUGAUUAGAAACGUUGGACUUUAUAUAUAUAAUUUUUUUUAUCUCUGUUAAUCAUAAUUGUUUUUCAUUCAAGUUCAGUAACAACAUCAUUUUCAUUGAUCAAAUUGAUCGGUUGUAAAUUGGAUGUUAUGUUGUAAUAAUAAUAAUAGUAAUAAUAAUUUAGAAUUGGUGAAUGAAAAAGAGAGAGAG